UCGCGUAAAUUCGGUUAUUUACAACCCUAAAAGUAGUUUCUAUUUACUUUAAACAGUGCAGUAAUGUAUUUAAAUCUGUGUUUUAAAGAAAGCCUUUAUUAGGUGGUCGGCUGUCUGAAUGAAACGCUGUGAUGCAGUCUGUGACGAUGCAGUUUGUGAACUGAUUCAGAAGAUCUGUUUAAAGUAACCGACUCAACAGAACGAUUCGUUCACUAACAACGCCAUUUGUGUUUUAUUCGUAACAAGAAGUUUGUUGUCGAACUCUGAGGUUAAACUCGAACAAAGUUUUGAAAUCUCCCCCGAAUCCUGCGAGUGUUAGUACCACGCAGGUUUGGACUUCAUCAGUUGUGUGAAGAUUGAAGUGCAUCGUUUCCACCCGCAGCAUGUCUCUGACACUGGCUCAGGGUGAAGGCAUUACUGUCAUCACCGUCACCUCAAACCCGAAGAGCAAAUGGCCCAUUCUGUGUCAGAUCCUGGGCACUUUAUGCUACACUCCAGUAUAUUCUGUGUCUCAGGCUGUGAAGGAGAAGCUGAAGAGCGUUUACACUGCUCUUGGGACUAUGCAGAUAAUAUAUGGAGUCCUCUGCAUUGUGUUGGGGGUUCUGAUUGACAGACUUUGGUAUUGGAACAACCUUACUGGUUGUGAUGCUGUUUUUUGGUUCGGUGGUACGGCCAUUGUAUUUGGAAUCGUGACUAUUCUUACAGCUUGGUUUCCCAGUUCUUGUCUGCUGGCCUUCACACUGCUUCUGAAUGUAGUCAGUGGUGCGCUGGCCAUCACAACUGUAGUCAUGUGUUCAAUAGACCUGGUCAGUGGAAAUUAUCUAUACUGCAAUGAUUAUUAUGAUUCUUCAACACCUUCCCCUGAACAGAGGAGUGAUAGAGAGACCUGCAUGAAAUACAUGGAGACCAAUCAGAUGAUCACUGGAGGUCUGGAUAUCAUGAUAAUGGUGUUGUCGGUGCUUCAGCUCUGUGUGACCAUUAGUUUCUGUGUUCUGACUGGGAAAGUUUUGUGCACGAAAACAGAGGAUGCAGAGAUGGUGAAGGAUCCAGAACUUAACAAGCCGCUGCUGGAGGAUGCCAUUGCUGCAAAUUAGACAGAGAACACACAAAACAACACGUAUAUGCAGUAUAUACAGCCGCACUCAGUAUAACAGUGAGAUGUUUUACAGCUUUAUACAGUACAUGUUUUAUACCAGGCGUUUAGGUAACUUCUUAAAAUAAGAGCCUGCAAUUCAAAGUAAAUGCCUUGAGCACUUUAGCAUCACCUUUUUUAUAUAUUUUUUGCACUUAUGGUAUUUUGACUUCAAAGCUGACCAAGAUGGAGUGAAUUUUCUCCUUAAUCUGACAUUUUGGAAAUCUGCUGAUAUCCACUAUUCAGUUUAUAAAUACUAAGCCUUACCAAACAUUUUUAACAAAUUUACAACAUGACUGAAUUUAGAUCAAAUACCAGAUGAAUCAUUUUGCUGCGUAUUUGCACAAUUUCACCACCAGGCGGUGCUGAGAAAUUGUCAGUUAAAUCAUUUGCCUUUCAGAGAUGAAAAAAACCCUAUUUGACAACAUAAAAGAUAUUUGUAUUACUUUCUAUAACGGUUUCGUGUUUUACGGUUUUGUUACUAGGUGUUAAUGUAAGCAUUUAUUAAUGGCUGGGCUUGCAUUAUACUUUUUGCUGCCACAUUUAACGAAAUAUGCUAAAAAAAAGAGAGUUCUUGUAAGUGAUCUCAUAAGCACCUUAUUCUAUAAAGGGCCACAAAAUAAAAUACACUUUUUGAAGUAAU